AUGUUGAGAGUCGGCUGCAAUGCGGCGGCUAUCCGCAAUGCCUCUAACUAUUCUCGUUUACCCAUCGAUUCUGCAUGGGCAGCCAUGGCCAAGAAGGCCAUGAAGGGAAAAGAGGCUGAUACUUUAGUUUGGAACACCCCUGAAGGAAUUCCUAUCAAGCCAUUGUACACUCCAGCAGAUAGAAAAUGUGAUUCUGAUAGAGAACUCGAGUUUCCUGGAAAGUAUCCUUUUACUCGUGGACCUUAUCCUACUAUGUACACUCAAAGACCAUGGACCAUCCGUCAAUACGCCGGAUUCUCAACAGUAGAGGAAUCCAAUAAAUUCUAUAAAGAAAACAUCAAGGCAGGUCAGCAAGGUUUAUCCGUUGCUUUCGAUUUGGCUACUCAUAGAGGUUAUGACUCUGAUAAUCCAAGAGUAUAUGGAGAUGUUGGUAUGGCUGGAGUAGCAGUAGACAGUGUCGAAGACAUGAAACAACUUUUCGAAGGAAUUCCUCUUGAUAAAAUGUCUGUUUCCAUGACCAUGAACGGAGCUGUGCUUCCCGUCCUAGCUAUGUAUAUCGUUGGUGCCGAAGAAAGCGGUGUAGACAGAAAACUUCUUUCCGGAACAAUUCAAAACGAUAUCUUGAAAGAGUUCAUGGUUCGUAAUACAUACAUCUACCCUCCAGACCCAUCUAUGCGUAUCAUCGGUGACAUCUUUGCUUACACAAGUAGCGAAAUGCCCAAAUGGAAUAGUAUUUCUAUUUCUGGUUACCAUAUCCAGGAAGCUGGAGCUGAUGCUGUCUUAGAAAUGGCAUUCACUAUUGCUGAUGGAAUUCAGUAUUGUGAGACGGGAUUGAAAGCUGGAUUGACUAUUGACCAGUUCGCUCCUCGUUUAUCUUUCUUCUGGGGUAUCAGUAUGAACUUUUACAUGGAAAUCGCAAAAAUGAGAGCGGGUAGAAGGCUCUGGGCUAACUUGAUCAGAGAGAGAUUCAGCCCGAAGAGUGAUAAGUCUUUAAUGUUGAGAACACACAGUCAAACUAGUGGAUGGUCUCUCACUGAACAAGAUCCUUAUAAUAAUGUUAUACGAACCACAAUUGAAGCUAUGGCUUCUGUGUUUGGUGGAACUCAAUCUCUCCAUACAAACUCUUUCGACGAGGCUCUUGGACUCCCAACCAAGUUUUCUGCUAGAAUUGCUCGUAAUACACAAAUUAUCAUCCAAGAAGAAACUGGUAUCUGCAAAGUUGCUGAUCCCUGGGGCGGAUCCUACAUGAUGGAAUCUUUGACCGAUGAAAUUUAUGAGUCUGCCUUAAAGGUUAUCAAAGAGAUUGAUGAGUUAGGAGGUAUGGCUAAAGCCGUCGCUUCUGGAAUGACGAAAUUACGUAUCGAAGAAGCUGCUGCUAAGAAACAGGCUCGCAUAGACUCUGGUAAGGAUGUCAUUGUUGGAGUUAACAAGUACCGUCUUGACAAAGAAACUCCUAUCGAUGUUCUUCAAAUUAAUAAUAAGAAAGUUAGGGAGUCUCAGAUCGACAAACUGAAUAAUCUGAGAAAGAAUCGUGACGAGCAAAAAGCUCAAGCUUGCUUAACGGCUAUCACUGAAGGUUGCAGCAAUGGAGGCAACUUAUUAGCUCUUUCUGUUGACGCUGCUAGAGCUCGUUGCUCUUUAGGAGAGAUCAGUGAUGCGAUGGAGAAAGUGUUUGGAAGAUAUGCUGCUGUUAAUAGAAUGGUUUCUGGAGCUUACAAAAGCGAGUUCGGUGAAACAUCUGAGAUUGACCAGGUUAUGAACAAAGUUAAAGUUUUUGCUGAGAAAGAAGGUCGUCAACCCAGAAUAAUGGUGGCCAAAAUGGGACAAGAUGGACACGACCGCGGUGCCAAAGUGAUCGCCACUGGCUUCGCCGAUUUAGGAUUUGAUGUGGAUGUAGGUCCACUUUUCCAAACACCUGCCGAAGCUGCUCAGCAAGCUGUAGAUGCGGACGUUCACGCAAUCGGUGCCAGUAGUUUAGCUGCUGGUCAUUUAACUUUGAUCCCUCAAUUGAUUGACGAACUGACUAGACUUGGAAGACCGGAUAUUCUUGUCAUCGCCGGAGGUGUGAUUCCUCCACAAGAUUACGAUGCCCUCUACAAAGCAGGAGUUUCCCUCAUCUUUGGACCGGGUACCAGAUUACCACAUUGUGCAGAUCAAGUCUUGGACAAGCUCGAUAAGCAACUGCAUGCUUCAAAAUAA